AUGGACGUAUUCAGAGUUCGCCUGAAUUGCAUGGAUCACUACCAGGCAACUCCAACAAAAUAUGAUCCCCAGCUUCGCAACGAUGUCCGCCCAUCCCAACGAAAGCAGCAGCCCAAGGUACCGGUCGUCCGCAUUUUCGGAUCGACAGAGACCGGCCAGAAAGUCUGCGCCCAUGUCCACGGGGCAUUUCCAUACUUGUACAUAGAGUACCCUGGGGAUCUCGACCCUGAGGAAGUUUCUGCAUACAUCUAUCGACUGCACCUCUCAAUCGACCAUGCUUUGGCAGUUAGCUAUCGUCGCAACGUGUACGAUGCAAAAAGCAAGUUCGUGGCCAGGAUCACCCUGGUCAAGGGCAUUCCCUUCUAUGGCAUGCAUGUCGGCUACAAGUUCUAUCUCAAGAUCUACAUGCUCAAUCCAUUGGUCAUGACCCGACUGUCGGAGCUGCUCCUGCAGGGUGUCAUCAUGAAGCAGAGGUUCCAACCACACGAGGCUCAUCUCCAGUAUCUUCUUCAAUUCAUGACCGACUACAACCUGUUCGGCUGCGCAUAUCUCGACGCCAAGAAAACAUGCUUUCGAGCCCCAGUCCCCCACCAUAAGGAUGGCGAAGAGUCUCUGCACUUGUGGCACAGCCAGUCUGUACCAAAAAGGCACAUCACAGAUGACGCGGAUCUCCCCAGAGUCAGUCAUUGUUCCAUCGAGGUGGACAUUUGUGUCCAGGAUAUUCUCAACCGCCUUGAGGUGCACGAGAGGCGUAUACAUCAUGAUUUUAUUGAGCGCAAAGACCCGAUCCCAGCCGAUAUGAAGCUUGUGCACAGCAUGGCCGGCUUGUGGAAGGAUGAGACGAAGAGGCGGAAACGGAGAAUGCGGAAUCCUGAUCCCGGCAGUAGUCCAUUCCCACCCGAAGUCCUGGUGUCGAUGUCGGCUGAUCCGCGAAAUUCGCAGCCGCCGGGCUGGCUUCACGAGGAGGAAUACAGAGAAAACAUCCGGGCCUUGAUCGAGCAGGAAAUACAGCACGGCGAUCCGACAGUGACCGUAGACACUUUCGUGAAGGAGCACCCUUUCGCGCACACCGUCAAGACAGCUCUGCAGUCUGUCGAGGACUUGUAUCCGGAGAAUCUCCUCCUCAGCCUCCGACUGUCACAAGCGCUAGCGGAGGAAGAUGCCGACCCAAACAACAGCAUUGUGGUUGACGAAGAUCGGAUCGCUGACGCCGAUGAUGGUGCGGACUUGUUCCCGGAUGACUCUGAUGAGGAGCUUCUUCAAGCUAUGCAGGGUAUACGAGACAGCGUACAGGCCGCUCCCAAUAACUCUGACUCCAUCCAGACUGGGCCUCGUGCUUCAGUCCCUGGAAAGGGGAAAAAGUCAAUGAGUGACAGUGGUAGCGGACCUUCUAGUGGUGAACACGUCACCUCCAUCACUUCUGCAGACGCCUCCGCAGAGACCUCAUCUCCAGACUCGUUGCCAGAGGGCAUAUAUCCAAGUGCUCUAGUCACCGGUAUGCGGCACAAAAUUGGCAUGCCGGAUAUGCUCAUGUCCGUUGCUGAAGAGCACGGGCUUGUGAGCAAGGUUCCUCGGCAGCCAGCGGGCGGGAGCAACAGGCUGACUCUCAAGCGAACGACAUCGGCAGUGGGAGAAGAAGAGGAACCCAAGCGCCGACGAGUUGGGUUUUUAUUGGAGCCAGAAGAAGACGCUGGUGUCAAGGCACUUGAAGAUGUGACGUCGCCUGUCAUACUCGAAGAGAGUGGCAGACACGUGCAGAAACCACGCUCCACGAACAAAGCCGAAGUGCCCAAGAAGCCUGGCACCCAGACUUUGAAUUUCCCAGUUGUGAAGGACCCGAACGACCCAAGUACCAAACUCCGUUUGAGUCAGCAGAGCAGUUCCCAGCAAAGCCAGAAAGGCGACGAUUUGCAGAAGCUUGUUUCCUCGCAGUCAGAGCAUGCAAGUCAUGUCAUGACACUCGUCCAUGGCAGCGGCAAGAAAGAGUCUAUCAGUUCUUCCGAUAACACCGUGAAGGCUGCUCAGCCUACCCAACUUGUUGAUGUCGGGUGUGCACCCCGACUUGACGCCCGAUUCUUUGUAUUUGGCCAGCCAGUGCCGUCCAAGGCGGAGGUCUUGCGGACGCUCAAUUCGACUGGCAAACCCGAUGUCAUUUACCAGGAUGCCUAUUACAGCAAGGCUAAGGAUGUUCCUCCUCGACUUCGAGAAUAUGCUGGCAAGGAAUUCCGCCUCGAGGGCAACACAGUUCCAUUCCUGCCCGAUUUCGACGCGACUGGCGACUCACCUGCGUCCUUCGGACAAAAAUCCGAAACACCUCUGGAUGUCCGCCUCGAUAGCGACACCAAGUCCUACGAAAAAUCGAAGCGUCUAUGCACUCUGCGAAGCUGGGAAAUUGCCGAACCCCCACCUACCGCUGGCGAGGUGCGGGUAUGGUGUGAAGCACGGCAGAAGGCUUCUGCCCCUUCAACGACACCGAUCAUCUCCAUUCAGGACCCGGACCUGAAGCCAUAUCUUUCGCAAAUCGAAGGCCCAACACCAAAGAACAAGAACGGCUUCAAGUACUCCCAGAAGGUCUCAUCAACCAGCGUCCAGCACGAAGCGCAAUACAUGAGCACGAUGAGCCUGGAAAUCCAUGUCAACACGCGAGGCAAGCUCGUGCCUAAUCCAGAAGAGGAUGAGGUGCGAUGCAUUUUCUGGUGCACGAAAUCUGACGAGACCUUUGCCACAAGUGAUCACGCGUCCCUCGCACUGAAGUCGGGCAUCAUUGUGCUUUCCGAGGACGGCAGCUUGGCAAGGAGGAUGCAGAAAGAGACGCCAAUGGAAGUCCUGGAAGAGUCAUCAGAGCUCGACUUGAUGGUGCGCAUGGUCGAGAUUGUGAGGACUCACGACCCGGACAUUUUGACUGGCUAUGAGGUCCACGGAAGCUCCUGGGGCUAUCUGAUCGAACGAGCUCGACUCAAAUAUGAUUAUAACCUCUGUGACGAGUUCUCCAGAAUGAAGAGCCAGUCCUUCGGGAGAUUUGGAAAGGAGGCCGACCGCUGGGGCUUCAAUACUACUUCGACGAUCCGUGUCACCGGACGGCACGUGAUUAAUAUCUGGCGAGCCAUGAGAGGGGAGCUGAACCUGCUCCAAUAUACCAUGGAGAAUAUGGCCUGGCACGUGUUACAUAAACGCAUCCCGCACUAUCCAUGGCGAACCCUCACGGACUGGUACCUCGGAGGCAGGUACCGAGACAUGAGUAAGCUGCUCCGGUACUACUCGACACGAGUCAAGCUCGACAUUGAGAUUCUCGAGGCAAACGAGCUCAUUCCAAGAACGAGUGAGCAGGCACGUCUUCUGGGUGUCGACUUCUUCUCGGUCUUCUCUCGUGGCUCUCAAUUCAAGGUCGAGUCCAUCAUGUUCCGCAUUGCCAAACCAGAGAACUUCAUGCUCGUAUCGCCAGAUAGAAAGCAGGUCGGGGGACAGAACGCCCUCGAGUGCCUACCGCUCGUCAUGGAGCCACAGAGCGCAUUCUACAACAGCCCGCUGCUGGUCCUUGACUUUCAGAGCCUGUAUCCCAGUGUGAUGAUUGCGUACAACUACUGCUACUCGACAUUUCUGGGGCGCAUCAACAACUGGAGAGGCACGAGCAAGAUGGGCUUCAGUGACUACAAGAGACAGCAAAUGCUGCUCACGUUGCUCAAAGAUCACAUCAACAUUGCACCGAACGGCAUGAUGUAUUGCAAGACCGAGGUGCGGAAGUCGCUCCUGGCCAAGAUGCUGACUGAGAUCUUGGAGACACGUGUCAUGGUGAAAAGCGGCAUGAAGCAGGACAAGGAGGACAGGACGCUGCAGCGCCUGCUCAACAAUAGGCAGUUGGCUCUGAAGCUGCUCGCCAACGUCACAUACGGCUAUACGUCUGCCUCGUUUUCCGGCCGAAUGCCAUGCUCGGAGAUUGCGGAUAGCAUUGUGCAGACAGCACGAGAGACGCUCGAGAGAUCGAUUGCGCUGAUCCACUCGGUCGAGAAAUGGAAAGCCGAGGUGGUGUACGGCGAUACUGACAGUCUGUUCAUCUACUUGCCAGGACGGACCAGGGACCAGGCUUUCGACAUUGGCAAUGACAUUGCCAAGACCAUCACGGACAUGAACCCUCGCCCCGUCAAGCUCAAGUUUGAAAAGGUCUAUCAUCCAUGCGUCCUGUUGGCAAAGAAGCGUUAUGUUGGCUACAAGUAUGAGAGCAGGGACCAGGUCAAGCCGGAGUUUGAUGCCAAGGGAAUUGAGACUGUGCGGAGAGACGGCACGCCCGCAGAACAAAAGAUUGAAGAGAAAGCCCUCAAGAUCCUGUUUGAAACGGCUGAUCUCAGCCAGGUCAAGGCAUACUUCCAGAAGCAGUGCUCAAAGAUCAUGCGCGGGGACGUGUCGGUACAGGACUUUUCGUUUGCAAAGGAGGUCAAGCUGGGUACCUACAGCGACCGGGGCCCGCCGCCGCCCGGCGCGUUGAUUAGCACCAAGAGGAUGCUCGAGGACGCGCGGGCGGAGCCGCAGUACGGCGAGCGCGUGCCCUAUGUUGUGGUGACGGGCGCGCCUGGCGCUCGGCUCAUCGACCGCUGCAUUGCGCCGGAAGAGCUGCUUGCCAACUCGCACCUCCAGCUGGACGCCGAGUACUACAUCUCGAAGAACCUGAUUCCACCGCUGGAGCGCAUUUUCAACCUGGUGGGAGCGAAUGUGCGCGGCUGGUACGACGAGAUGCCCAAGGUGCAGCGAAUCCGGCGGGUUGAGAACGCAGGGGGUCUAGUGGCUGCUGGGGGCAUGAGCGCCGGACAGGGAGCCCUGAUGGCUGUCAGGAAGACGCUGGAGAGCUACAUGAAGGCAGCGGCGUGCCUGGUGUGCAGCAGCAAGACGGAGAACGAGGGCAGCGUGUGCGACGAGUGCAAGCAGGACGCGCCGGGCAGCCUGGUGAGCCUGCAGACGCAGCUGAAGCGGGAGGAGGCACAGCUGCUCGAGGUGCACAAGCUGUGCCAGAGCUGCGCGGGGCUGGCGCCGCUGGACGAGGUGCCGUGCGACAGCAAGGACUGCCCCGUGUUCUACACGCGGAUGAAGCAGGGGUCGAGGUACCGGACGGAGAAGAGCGUGGUGGAGCCGGCGAUGCGGAUGCUGCUGGCAGAGAGCGUGAGGAUGGAAGAGCUCGAGUGGUGA